ACCUCAUUUCCGAAAGAGAGAAGGAACUGGAAGCUCGUUUGGAGACCUCUCUUGCUGAUGCAGAUAAACAGAGGCAGGAAUUCGAAGAUAAAAUCAAAUCUCAGCAAGCAUCAUAGGACAGUCUCAAGGCGUAUGUGGAAUCACUUGCUGCGAAAAUCAAUGGAGGCAACACUUAGUUUCAGGAAACACAUCAGCAGUGGUGAUGCACUUGGAAUUUCCACCGGCAGCUUAUGGAUGCUUAGAUUAGCUUUUGUUGGGCAGGGAUGAUGUAGACUUUCG